AUGUACAGUCGGGCAACUGUACACUAGAUGGCACCAUGCAUGUAAAAUGCUGUGUGCUGACAAAUGUUAACAUCAUCGACUGGAAAGCAGCAACCAUAUGGAAGAGACCGUCCGUCAAAUUUCAGCUUAUGCUGACAAACAUAACAUCCGUGGAGUGGUCCAGGACAUGGUGACCAGCCUGCUAGUGGUACAGCCAGACGAUCCCAUCUCCUUUCUGGUGUCUCAUCUAAAGAAGAAGCGUGUGAAUGCCGCCAGGGUGAUGCUACUGGGUCCUCCUGCGGUAGGGAAAUACACCGUGGCCCGGAAGCUGAGUGUCGAGUUAGGCGCAGUCCAUGUGACACCAGAAAGCUUGCUUGACGACCUGCGAGAGCCAAGCCAUGGGCUACGGAACCUCACACUGAUGGAACAGGUAGGAAUCAUCCAACACAGGCUGAAUCAGGAAGACUGCAUCAGCAAGGGGUGGAUAUUAGCCGGAAUCCCUCAGACAUAUCUGCAGGCUCGAAACCUUCAGCAAGCUGGUGUCCUGCCUGACCAUGUCAUUAUGCUGGACGCUCCCAACGACGUGUUGCUGGAAAGAAGCCGAGGAAGGCUGAUAGAUCGACUCACGGGGGAGGUCUACCACCAGACUUUCGUGCACCCACCAGAUGACACAGUGGCUCAGCGCCUGGAGAGAAUGCCACACUCAUCAGAGACGCAGCUUUUGUCUGAGAUCCAGUGUUUCCGUUGUGAAAUCACUGGUCUCAGUGCUGCUUUCCAGCACGCCCUGAGGGCGAUCAACGCCGACCAGCCACCACUGGAUGUGUACCAGCAAGUACUUGCCUUUGUUCAAACUCAUAGAUGCUACAGAACUCCGCGAAUUCUCUUGUUGGGUCCACCUGGGGCAGGAAAAAGUCACCAAGCCCAAAUGUUGGCAGAAAAGUACAAGAUGGUGGAUGUAAGCUCAGGUCGGAUGUUAAGGUUAGUGGCUACCGGCGCUACACAUUUUGCCCUGGAUAUAAGACCACACGUGGAGCAAGGGCGGCCAGUUCCAGACGAACUUGUUCUUCAGGUGAUAAAUGAACGUCUGAACCAACCAGACUGCAGCUCCAGAGGGUGGGUCCUGCACGGUUUUCCAAGAGACACAGAACAGCUGACCAUGCUGCAGAGCACUCAGCACAGACCAAACCUGGUCUUCUUCUUGGAUCUCAUGGAUGAAGUCUGCCUGGAGAGGACAAGUCUUAAACUUACAGACCCAGUGACUGGAGAGAGGAUUCACUUCGGUACCACGGCAACACCGACACCACCAGCCUCUACUCCUGCAACUGAGACAUUACGCACCCCUACCACGCUCCUUUUUGUCACACCCACUGACUCCACACCAAGCGACAGCACUAUCAACAUUACACCUGCGCCAGAAUCAACCACUCCAAACACAGAAUUUCUUCUGACCCCACCUGGGCAACUGCCAACAUCUUCUACUUCAAUGUCUCAACCCCAAAUCAACCUCGAGAUCAAACCCCAGGAACACACUCGUGUUAUCAGAGAGUUAUUGAGUAUGUACAGGACACACAGCGCCGCACUUCAGUCCGCAUUCCCAGAUGCCAUCCACAUUGAUGCAGAUCAGGAUCCUCGAUUUGUGUUUGAGGCACUGGAAUGUCGAAUGACAAGUAACUGACUGAAGUUGGUCAGACCCAAUGACUUUUCUUAUCUAUCACUUUUUUGGAAAAUAAAAUAAAAAAAUACUUGAAGUAAACCUAUGAUGUUCUCAUUAUAUAGAGAAAUGAUGGGAUCAAUAUCAACGAUAUGAGACAUCUAUUUGGAUAUGUUUCAUUUUUUUAAAAGAAUAACUAAUACGGAUUAACAAUCGAAUUACUGAUAUUGACAGAGGAAAUUUGAAAUACAGUUUGAUAGGUAAUCAAAUGUAUGCAUCUCUAGUUGUUAGGUUAACGAGCAGGCAAACGUUGUUGUGACACAUUUGUCGACACGACGCCGACAAAAGCUACCAAUUCGUAUUGCAAAGUAUAACAGUACAACAGUAUA